AUCCAGCACAGCAAUUCCAGGGUGGCAGUUGACGCUCGGCUUUUGGCGCGAAGAAGACACAACCACAGCCAAAGCAGCGAAACAAUUAAAAACAAAAAAAGCAAUAAAACCCUAAGCAAACAACAACGAGACCUUUUCUUUUUCUUCUGAAAAUACGAUUUAUACACAACUACAAUUCUUCCAAACUGAAAAAGCCUUAAUUUUGUGCUCGUGCUCGUGCAGGCACACUACUACAAAUGUUUCUUACUUUCCACUUUUUUUAAUUAAUUUUUGUCCAAUUUAUAAGUAAGAGAGUUCGAUUUCACAAUUUUUUAUGUUUGCUAGUGUUAUUAGCCACCGUAUUUUAUACGACUUUCAGUUUGAAGUAGUUACAAAGUUUUUUUUUUUAUUUUAACGAAUUUCUGGAGCUGUACUGCAAUAUUUUGAUCCGUCUAUUUAUAGUUGAUCUCCGGUUCGAUUCCAAUGAGUAUAGAGGAGCUACAAAGUUUACAUUGCUUUGGCAGAAUAGCAUAAUUGGAAUGAUUCCUAAUGAGCUUUGAAAUUGCAAGGCUCUCACAGUUAUUUAAUAUCUACUAUUGAAAAUCACUACUUGUUAAUGAUUGGCUUUGGUUGUUGUUGUUGUUGUCUAACUUGUUACUUAAUUCAGUUGUUGUUGCCUACUUGCCUUGAGUCACUGUCAACCUCAAUACUGAUGUCUAGCUCUGUUCCAGAAAUGGAUUCACCAAAUGAACAUCCUCCCAUGGACCCACUUGCAGACAACAAUCUUCAGCCAUUCUUCGUGCUGCACAAGGCAUCAAAUCCUAGAAAAUCCACCAAAAGAAGACUUGACUCUUCACCAAAAGUAUCAUUGAACAAUGAAAACAUGAACGAGAACUUGAAAAUGGAAGCUUUCCAGUGUGUAUGGUCAUUAAUUGAAACCAAGAUUAAGGAUGUCUUGAGGAGUAUAAAUGCUGAUGCGUUUGAUGAGAUAGGAAGAUGGGUUCGUGAAUCUUUUAAUGAAAUUUGUUCGUGCAGAGGGCCUGUUGAUGCAUCAAAGUCAAGUGUUCCAUACCCUUUUCUUCAUAAUGGUGGUAUAGUUAAAAAGCUCUUCACUGGUUUGGUCUUCACCAAGAAUAUUGAAAUUGUCGAUGACAUAUUAACUUUUGCUGAACUUGGUUUAAACUUGAAAUCUCGUGGAUGCUAUGUGGCUAAUAUUUCCUCCUUAGACUUUUCUACCAAGAAUGGCAUUGGGGGCUGUCUAAGAGCAUUUCUGAGACAAUUGCUUGUGGUCGACAUUGAAGCAGCUGAUGUUUCGCUUUUAGCAUCAUGGUAUAGUGACCAUGGCAAGUAUGAGAAACCAGUGGUUGUAAUUAUUGAGGAUAUGGAGAGGUGUUCUGGGGCUCUUUUAUCAGAUUUCAUCAAUAUGUUGAGUGAAUGGUCUGUUAAGAUUCCGAUCAUCGUAAUUGCUGGUGUUGCUACAAGUAUUGAUGCUCCCAGAAAUGUGCUCACUUCCCAUGCACUUCAAUAUUUGUCUACGUCGACAUUCUUUCUGAAAUCCCCAUCUGAAAGGAUGGAUGCAAUCAUUGAGGCUGUUCUAGUAAAAAAAUGUGCUGGCUUUAGUGUUGGCCACAAGGUGGCGACUUUCUUGAGGAACUAUUUUUUAAGGCAAGAUGGAACAGUUACAUCAUUUGUUAGAGCCUUAAAGAUGGCAAUAGUUCAACAACUUUCCGUCGAGCCUCUUAGCUUUGUGCUCAAGUUUUUAGUUGAUGAGGGAGAUAAUAAGAGGUCAUGCUAUGAGGAUCUUGCUAAUUUGCCAGAGGAAUUGAUUAAGCAUGCUUUUGAGCUUCCAUCUUACAGGACAUAUUCAGUAAAUCGGAAUAAUCAUGUAGAACUAAAUGCGACGAGUCUAGGCCAUGGACUAUCAGAACUGCAGAGGCUGCAGGAACUAUGGAGAUCUCGCCUUAUGUGUUUACAUGAAGCUGGAAAGUACCAUAAAGUUGCAUUGUUGGACCUGUUUUUGGAGGCACUGGAUCCUGAGUUAUACAACUCCAGGUUAUCAAAUCAUGACCGUGAUAGUGCAGAAGAUAAGAGCUUGUUGUCAAAUAAUGAUAAACUGUUCAGGCUACAAAAGGCUGAGGUUACCAAUCAGGUCAUCCGCAAAAUAAGGGAUUUACCAGCUGCGAAGCUAUCCCAGUUGCUUAAGAGUUGGGAGAGGCUCACCAAAGGGACAAUUGAGGUUCAUGAGAAGAUUAUGGAGCUACAGUCUCAAAUGGUAUCAGAGGAUGUCAAAAGUCAGAAAGCAGAAUUAAUUGAUAUAUCAAAGAGGCAUAUCAAUCGACGCCGUUUAAAUAUGGAGAAAGAUGCAUGCACAUCAAAUGACAAAGCUAUGACUUUAGCAGGUCAAACGAUAAGGGACAACAUGCAGCCCAUUGAAUGUAUGCCAUUUCAUGAACUUAUUUGCUUCAAGGAUGUUGACAAUCUCCAAUCAGCUUUGGUUGGUGAUCCAAGAAGAAGAAUUCAAAUUGAUCUCUUGAAUUUCCACAAAAUUCUCAAGUGUGGAUGUUGCAGCAAUAGUGGCGGUACACUAUUACCAUCUAUGCAUGAUACUUCAAUAAUGUAUACACUGGCGCAGGAGCAUGGUGAUCUCAUUAAUCUCCAUGACUGGUUUCAAUCUUUUAAAGCAUCUAUUUCAAGCUCAGGAAAGAAAGAGUUGAAGAAGCUGGCUUCACCUAAGAAAAGAAAGGAUAGUACCUAUUCUCAGAACAGUUCUGACGCAUUGAUUCAAGCGAGGUUUUGCAGAGCUGUGAUGGAGCUGCAGAUAACAGGGUUGCUUCGUAUGCCAAGCAAACGGCGUCCUGAUUAUGUGCAGAGAGUGGCUUUUGGAGUGUAAUAUGCAUAAUGGCGCAUUGUGGAACAGGUACUUUUGCCAGUAUUAAAGGAGCUAUCAGUAGAGUGGAAGGGGAUUUUUUAUGUACUGUUGAGGUUCAAAAGGCGGUUCCUUUUCUGAAGAAACAUAUGGGCUAUAGCAUGCACAAGUGCUGCAUGUUGGUCCUGAUACUUGCUCGGUAGUUGCUAAAUUGUUAGAAGAAGAGGAUAAUCAAGCUUGGGGUGUAGAACCAUAUGAUAUAGUGGAUGCAGGUUGUUUCUGCAAGAAACUCGUGCUUAAGGGCAUUGUUCGCGUGUGAUAUAAAAUUUCCUCUUCCGCAUCGUGCAAAAUCUUUUUUCUCUUGUGAUUGUCUCAGAGCGUUGGGCUACUUUGUCUCCAAAGUAUCUUAAUAGGACCCUUCCCGAACUGGUGAGGGUGUCAUCUGACGGACUCGUUAUUUUCACAGGUAAGAACAAUUACUAUGGGGUGUUGUGUGUAGAUGACAGCCAGUCUAAAUGGAAGUUUAUUUUGCAUUCAUUGUA